CAGUGAUUUUAAAUGGCUUGAACACACAGUUGGCGGAAGCAGCAGAGGAGCUGAACUUUGAGGAUUUUAAGGAGAGUUUUCAAAGUUUUUUAACUUGUUCGUCGCGAACUGUCCUGAUGUGACCCUGAUCCGGGUCCCGGUGUGAACACUCCCCCUCCGGCUGCCGGGUCGCUGUUAGCCGUUAGCUUCAGAGUAAGACGUAACGUCAACGGUUAGUUUCAAUUAAAAACAUGUCGUCAGGAGACCUGAGAGGUCCGUUUCUCUACAACCUGCCGCCGUCCGUCCUCUGGGAGUUCUGCCGGAUAAUGGACGGACUGUCAGACCUGGACUGGACCCGCUUCGCCUCGGAGGUCCUCGGGGAUCAGAUCGCCGUGCGAUUGGCUGAGAGGAAGGAGAGGCGGACCGAUUGGGUGAUGAACCAAUGGGAAAACAGGAACGGUCGUGUCGGGGAGCUGAUCGACCUAUUGGAGUGUCUGCAGCUGCUCCGCCCCCGUGAUGUCAUCCUGGGCUGGGCGUCCAGUCUGAAGCCUUCCUCCUCUCCUUCUCCUUCCCUGCCACCUCCACCUCCUACUCCUCCUACUGCGCCUCCUUCUCCUGACCCCUCUGACCCCACCCGCAGACUGAGCACGACAGUAGAUGAAGGAGGAGGAAGACCACUCCCUCGACCAGCCCCGCCCCCCCCAGAUCUGCAGUCUGACCUCCACCGACCCCCCGAGGCCCCCCCGGUGGUGGCGAGCGGUAGCGGUGUGAUGUGCUGGUCGUACGAAGAGGUGCAUGCUGGGACGGCAGGGUUCAGCCCCUCCCUGCAGGUGGGGGAGGGGGGGUUUGGAGUCGUGUACCGGGCAACUCUGAGGAAAACCGACUGUGCCGUCAAGAGACUCAAAAAGGACUGUCUGCUACCACUGACUUUCCUGGCUCUCCUCUCUCUCUCUCCCUCCCUCCUCCUUCUCCUCUCUCUCUCUCUCUCUGUGUCUGGUUCCAGGUUCAGACACCCUAACAUCGUGGAUCUGUUGGGUUUCUGUUUCUGUGAAGAAGAAGAAGGAUCGGUGUGUCUCAUCUACACCUACAUGGAGAACAGAUCUCUGGAGGACCGGCUGCACAACGAGUGUGUGUCUCUCUCCUGGUCACAGAGACUCGGUGUUGUUGAAGGAGCGUCAGCGGCGCUGCAGUUCCUCCACUCCCCCCCCGACGGACACAGAGCGCUCAUCCACGGAGACGUCAAGAGUUCAAACAUCCUGUUGGACCGCCACCUGGUGGCGAAGCUGGCGGACUUCGGUCUGGCUCGGUUCGCGUCCCGCGGCCCGCCAGGACGCACGGCGACUCAGACGGCGUCCAUCGGUCAAACGGCGACGGUCAGAGGAACGCUGGCGUACCUGCCCGACGAAUACGUGAGGAAAGGCGAGCUGGGGACCGCUUUGGACGUCUACAGCUUCGGCGUGGUGUUGUUGGAGGUCCUGACGGGUCGUCGAGCUCUGGAGAAAGACAGGAAGUCAGGAGAUAGAUACCUGAAGGACCUGGUGGACGAGGUUGAGGACAGUCCGGCUCGUCCUUCAGCAGCAGCCUGGAGGAAACAGCUGGACCGCCGGCUGAUCACAGGGGGCGCUGCGGAGCCGGCCGGCUGCAUGGAGGUGGUGGCUCUGGCCCGCAGGUGUCUGGACAAGAAGAGGAAGAAGAGGCCGGCCAUGACUGAGGUGUUUGACAAACUUCAGGACGUCAGCGCCAUCGUGAGGAAGACGGGCUCCUCCCCCUCCCCCUCCCCGUCCCUCCCCAGACCCCCCCGCCCCCUGGUCUCCAGCGUGGGACGCCUGUCCGACCAGCUGUCCAAACUGGGCCCCCUGGAGGACACCUACCAGGCCGCCCCGUCCUCUCAGGGCUCCUCGUCUUUCUGCUUCCUAACCCCUCCUGACCCGCUGCACUCCUCCUCCUCCCUCCCCCCCUCAUCUUCCUCCUCUUCUUCUUCUAUUUCUUCUUUCGCCGGUCCGUGUGAAACCGACGAGAGUCGAGGCUUCUCCCAGUAUGACCUUCGCUCCCCGUUCGGAUCCAACGGGACCAGCUCCGGGUUUCUGUCUUCGUCCGCCAGAGAGCGCUGUCCCCGUCCUGCCCGGCCAACAGAGUCCCCAUCGAGCCAGCCUUCGGUCCCCACUGAGGACCAGUACAGCUUCUCUCCACAGCCCAGCGGGGACAAGCCAGGGCCAGGGUCAGGGUCAGGGGCCAGGGCCCGCCCGGGACCAGAAACUAGAGGGCAGAGCACAGCCGGGAUCUAUGGCGUCCCAGAAUGCAUCUCUCCUGCGGGGCCCUUGCAGUCUGCCUCCCCGGAGCCCUCAGUCCACAUGAAUCCCAGUAAGCAGCGUCUCCUGCAGAAGAAAACUCUGUACGACGAGGGAAAGAUCCACACUCCCGAGCUGCUGUCGUCCGAUGACCUCUACGGAGGGAGGAGUUCUGACAGAGGGCCGGAGGAGAGCGACGAGCUGGAUUACCUUCCUGCGCAACACGACUGACCCCAAGCGUUGUGAACUGCUUCAGAGUCCGAUCCCCUCACACAGCCCGUGAAGAGGGUUCAAUUUCUCCCCCCCCAUCCCCCGACCCCCCCUGGAUCAAGAUGAGGCACAGGUGCUACCAUCCUGAUCACAUGCACACACUUGUGCGUCCAUACCGGGAACUUCAACUGGCUCAAGCAAACACUUUUCACAAGCGAAGUAUUUUAGGGGACCACUAAAGUAACAUCUCAGCAGCCUACUUUUUUUUAUUUUUUUUUUAUUUUAGGUGCCUGUAAUAAUCAGAUGAUGUCUGCACUGUUUCAUCCGCUGAGCUAUUAAAACAUUACACUGA